GUUUCCUUGUGACGGAGCCCGUGCCGAAGCUAUGGGCAGUCAGGAGGUGCUGGGCCAGGCGGCCCGGCUGGCCUCCUCCGGUCUGCUCCUGCAGGUGUUGUUUCGAUUGAUCACCUUUGUCUUGAAUGCAUUUAUUCUUCGCUUCCUGUCAAAGGAAAUUGUUGGCAUAGUGAAUGUAAGGCUAACACUGCUUUACUCGACCACCGUCUUCCUGGCCAGAGAGGCCUUCCGUAGAGCAUGUCUGAGUGGGGGCACCCAGCGAGACUGGCGCCAGACCCUCAACCUCCUGUGGCUAACAGUCCCCCUGGGUGUGUUUUGGUCCUUGUUCCUGGGCUGGAUCUGGUUACAGUUGCUUGAAGUGCCUGAUCCUAAUGUCAUUCCGCACUAUGGAACUGGAGUGGUAGUGUUUGCUCUCUCGGUCGUGGUGGAACUUCUAGGAGAACCCUUCUGGGUCUUGGCACAAGCACAUAUGUUUGUCAAGCUCAAGGUGAUUGCUGAGAGCCUGUCGGUAAUCCUCAAGAGUGUCCUGACAGCUUGUCUCGUGCUAUGGUUGCCUCACUGGGGACUGCACAUUUUCUCUUUGGCCCAGCUUUUCUAUACUACAGUUCUGGUGCUCUGCUAUGUUAUUUAUUUCACAAAGUUACUGGGCUCUCCAGAAUCAACCAAGCAACAAACUCUUCCUGUCUCCAGAAUGACCGAUUUGUUACCCAAUGUUAUGAGAAGUAAGGCUUUUGUAAAUUGGACAGAGGCCAAAUUGACUUGGAGUUUUUUCAAACAGUCUUUCUUGAAACAGAUUUUGACUGAAGGCGAGCGAUAUGUGAUGACAUUUUUGAACGUGUUAAAUUUUGGCGAUCAGGGUGUAUAUGAUAUAGUGAAUAAUCUUGGCUCCCUUGUGGCCAGGUUAAUUUUCCAGCCGAUAGAGGAGAGUUUUUAUAUAUUCUUUGCUAAGGUGCUGGAGAGAGGAAAGGAUGCCACACUUCAGAAGCAGGAGGACGUUGCUGUGGCUGCCGUGGUUUUGGAGUCCCUGCUCAAGCUGGCCCUGCUGGCCGGCCUGACCAUCACUGUUUUUGGCUUUGCCUAUUCGCAGCUGGCUUUGGAUAUCUACGGAGGGACCAUGCUUAGCUCGGGAUCAGGUCCUGUUUUGUUGCGUUCCUAUUGUCUCUACGUCCUCCUGCUUGCCAUCAAUGGAGUGACGGAGUGUUUCACAUUUGCUGCCAUGAGCAAAGAGGAGGUCGACAGGUACAAUUGCACAAUGCUGGCCCUGUCAUCCUCAUUCCUGGUGUUAUCCUAUCUCCUGACCCGUUGGUGUGGCAGCGUGGGCUUCAUCUUGGCCAACUGCUUUAACAUGGCCAUUCGGAUCACACAGAGCUUUCGCUUCAUCCACCGCUACUACCGAAAGAGCCCCUACAGGCCCCUGGCUGGCCUGUACCUGUCACCGGUCCUCCUCGGGGUGUUUGCCCUCAGUGGUGGGAUCACUGGUGUUUCAGAGGUGUUCCUCUGCUGUGAUCAGGGCUGGCCAGCCAGGCUGGCGCAUGUUGCUGUGGGCACCUUCUGUUUGGGAGCUACUCUCGGGACAACGUUCCUCACAGAGACCAAGCUAAUCCACUUUCUUAGGACUCAGUUAGGUGUGUCCAGACUCGCUGACAAAAUGACGUGACCUCAGGGAUGCACUGACACCGGUGGCACCUGGACCAGCUGUGGGGCGGUUUUGUGGGUAGAACACCUUUUCCAUGCAGAAGAGCCCUGCUGGGGGUCUGCAGUGGAGUGAGACCAACCUAAGCAGGUGAGACAGCGGAGAAAAUCAACAGACCAAACACUUAGUCUCCAGUUGAAGUCUGAAACAGGAAGGAAAAGUUCCAUUUUUAAAGGAAGGCCAACAAGCUCUUUUAAAAUAGAUACAAUUAUUUUUUUCACCAUUUUACUCUCAUUGGCAUUUUUCUUUUUGAUUAAUUUAUUAAUUCCUUUGGGGUGCGAUUGACCUUAGGAGCUACAUGCUCCAGCAGUCUAUAUCCUGGAUGUUAAUAGUUAAUAAUCUUCUGGCCCAGAAAAAGAGAUGCAGCCAUUUUUCCCUUCACAGGAAUAUUUAACUCUUUCUGUAAAAGGAGGAAGGAGACCUAAUGUCAUGUACCAAACAAGAACGUAGGUGGCCCUGAGUUGUGGCUUUCCCCAUGUCAACACUGUGGUCUGAGCUUUUAGAGAAGGAACAACGUUACUCAAUGAGAAAUCUAGGAGGUGAAAACCUGAAGUCUUUCAGAUCACAAUUCCCUGAGUUGGCUGGGGGAGUCAUGCCUCAUCCUCACUGCUGCGUCUCCCGGGCCAGCACAGGCUUCCCAGAGUUGGUGCAAGCUGGCUCAGGACCCCUGCCCUGGCCACCCAAAAGAGGGUGACCUUGAAGAGAACAGUGAUCCAGUGUGAGCUACCUUGUCCCCUAAAGGGAAUGCUGCUUUGCAGCUGGCUGUAACUUCUCACUUGGAGAUUGCACAGAUGACAAUUCAAGUGGAAUAGUUGUAUCUUUUUUCCCUCAGAAUAAAAUAGGUAAAUUUU